UCGCUGCCCAUUGGCACAAAAUCAUUGUCGGACUGUACUAUCUGGGCCGGGACACACGGUGGUACUUUGUGGUUGGAAAUACAGGUUUACCAAAACCCUCCGCGCCUUGGGUAUGCCAUUUUUACGGCGUUGGCGACCUUUGACACUGGUCAUUGUCGUCUGGUUCGUAGCAUCCCGUCGGAUUCGCCGCGACUUGCAGACGAAACGCAACAGACGGUGAGGUGGCGGAAACGCCCGGAAAGGCAUCCCGUGGCAUCUCUCCGGUCGCUCCCGCCAAUCCCAACACCAGCCCCAACCAUCCCACGCAUUCAAAAGGCUCAACCGGAAGAAAAUGCCGAGGCCAAGGCGGUGCGGCUGCAGCGCCUGGCGGCCGUCAAGGAGAGCUUCCAGCACAGUUGGGGCGGCUACAAAGAGCACGCAUGGCUCCACGACGAGGUUUCUCCCAUCAGCGGUGCCGCUGUUGACCCUUUUGGCGGGUGGGCGGCGACGCUCGUCGACUCGUUGGAUAUCUUGUGGAUCAUGGAUCUAAAGAGCGACUUUGAGGCCGCCGUCAAGGCGGUGGGCAAGAUAGAUUUUGGCAGGGCCGAGGGGCGGACCAUCAACAUCUUUGAAACGACAAUCCGGUACCUGGGUGGCUUCCUGGCGGCAUACGAACUGAGCGGGCACAGGUAUCCCGGGCUGCUCGCAAAGGCUGUCGAGGUGGGCGACUUGAUCAUGUGCGCCUUCGAUACGCCCAACCGCAUGCCCAUCUCGCGGUGGGACUUGGCGGCGUACGUCUCCGGCGCGCGUCAGGAGGCGCCGCGCCAGAUGCUGAUUGCCGAGCUUGGCUCGCUUGGCCUGGAGCUCACCAAGCUUUCGCAGCUGACGGGGGACAACAGAUACUACGAUGCCGCGCAGAGGGUUGCGGACGAGUUGGAGAAGUCACAGCAGCAGACGAAGCUGCCGGGCAUGUGGCCCGUCUUGGUUAAUGCCAAACAGCUAAGGUUUGAUGUCGAUCGGAUGUUUACAUUGGGCGGCAUGUCGGACUCGGCGUACGAGUAUCUCCCCAAGCAGUACAUGAUGCUCGGUGGCGUUUUGGAGCAGCCGAAAAAGAUGUACGAGAAUUUUCUCGGGGUUGCCAAGAAACACCUGUUCAAGAGAGUUCUCAACCGGGACAAUGAACCACUUAUCAGCUCCGGCGAUAUUUACGUCACGGGAGGCCAUGGCACCGCCGAAGCUGCCGCUCAGUACACGGCAAGGACGCAGCACCUGACGUGCUUUGCCGGCGGCAUGGUUGGCAUCGGGGCCAAAAUAUUCAGCACGCCAGAUGAUCUCGACAUUGCCCUGCAGCUGACGGACGCGUGCGUCUGGGCCUACAACUCGACAGCGUCGGGAAUCAUGCCAGAGAUCUUUUCUUUCGUGGACUGUGGAUCUGUCACAAAGCCUCGGGGCGAGGACUGCACCUGGAGCGAGAGCAAAUGGCAUGAUGCCAUCGGGGGUACGCUGAGGAUGAGGAACGAUGAUUCGGAAAGGGAUACGCUCAUCGAGCAUACCAUCAACAAAAAGCGGCUUUCGCCCGGGUUUACAGAUAUCAGCGACAGGAAGUACAUCCUGAGACCCGAGGCCAUCGAGUCCGUUUUCAUCAUGUACCGGAUCACAGGGGACGCAAAAUGGAUGGACAAGGCUUGGGCUAUGUUCAGCUCCAUUGAGAAGCACACACGGACCAAGAUCGCGGCGGCGAGCCUGGACGAUAUCACCAGGAAAGAUCCGCACAAGGUGGAUAGCAUGGAAAGUUUUUGGCUCGCUGAGACACUCAAGUACUUUUAUUUGGUGUUUUCCGAGUUUGAUGUCGUGAAUCUCGACGAGUGGAUCAAGUCAGCCACACCAAAGUCAUACUUCGCGAAGCUUCAAGCCUGGCCACCAACCCCUAAGGCCCCCUCCGCGGGCAUCGCCAGACAGCAAUGGCGUCCCCCUGGACCCUUUGUGCUCACAAUUAUCCACCGAUCAGUCAAGCAGUUCAUCCGCAAUGUACGCGCCGCCAAGACGAUUGCAGACGAGCGAGCAGUCAUCCAAAAGGAGAGCGCCGCAAUCAGGGCCAGCUUUCGCGAAGAGAGCCACGACCACAGCGUCAGGCGGAACAAUGUCUCCAAGCUUCUAUAUCUCUUCACCCUCGGCGAGAGGACACAUUUCGGUCAGAUAGAAUGUCUGAAGCUGCUGGCCUCUCCUCGAUUCGCAGACAAACGCCUGGGACAUCUCGCCACGAGCUUGCUACUUGAUGAGAACCAAGAAGUUCUGACACUGGUCACAAACUCUCUCAAAAACGACCUCGUUCAUUCCAACCAGUACAUUGUCGGCCUCGCGCUAUGCACACUUGGCAACAUCGCAUCCGUCGAAAUGUCACGAGACUUGUUCCCCGAGAUUGAGAACCUCAUUGCGACCGCGAACCCCUAUAUUCGAAGAAAAGCUGCCCUUUGCGCCAUGCGGAUAUGUCGCAAGGUCCCUGACCUGCAGGAGCACUUUAUCGAAAAGGCCACCCAGCUCUUGUCUGACCGCAAUCACGGUGUAUUGCUGUGUGGCCUGACUCUUGUCACCAGCCUCUGCGAGGCAGACGAGGAGUCUGAGGAGGAAACUGGGGCCGAAGACAUCAUUGAGAAGUUUAGACAGUUUGUGCCAGUCCUGGUAAGGACAUUGAAGGGGUUGGCCUCGUCAGGCUAUGCGCCGGAACACGAUGUCACCGGCAUCACGGAUCCCUUCCUUCAGGUCAAGAUUCUACGGCUGCUGAGGGUUCUGGCCAGAGGCGAUGCUCAGGUCAGCGAGCAAAUCAACGAUAUCUUGGCACAAGUCGCAACAAAUACCGAUUCCUCAAAGAAUGUCGGUAAUUCGAUUUUGUACGAAGCCGUGCGGACCAUCCUCGACAUUGAGGCCGAUUCUGGACUGAGGGUUCUCGGUGUCAACAUCUUGGGCAAGUUCCUCACCAACAGGGACAACAACAUCCGAUACGUAGCCCUGAACACCCUUGUCAAGGUGGUCGCCAUAGAGCCCAACGCAGUUCAAAGACACCGCAACACGAUUCUCGAGUGUUUGCGGGACCCCGAUAUCAGCAUCAGGAGGCGUGCUCUCGAGCUGAGCUUCACAUUAAUAAACGAGAGCAACGUCCGCGUCUUGAUUAGGGAGCUACUGGCCUUCCUUGAGGUGGCUGAUAAUGAGUUUAAACCUACCAUGACGAGCCAGAUCGGCAUUGCUGCCGACAAGUUCGCCCCGAACAAGAGGUGGCACGUCGAUACUAUGCUGAGGGUGCUGACGCUUGCCGGCAACUACGUCAAGGAACAAAUCCUGUCUUCGUUUGUGAGACUGAUUGCUACCACCCCAGAGCUCCAGACCUAUGCUGUACAGAAGCUGUACGGCAGCCUCAAAAAAGAUAUUACCCAGGAGAGCUUGACGCAGGCUGCUGCCUGGUGCAUCGGCGAGUACGGCGAUGCCUUGUUAAGGGGUGGCCAAUACGAGGAAGAGGAACUUGUGACCGAGGUCAAGGACCACGAAAUCAUCGACCUUUUCUCCACAAUUCUCGACAGCAACUACGCUACCCAGGUGUCCACUGAGUACAUAGUCACGGCGCUCGUCAAGCUCACCACCAGAUUGACAGACAUGUCACAAAACGAUAGGAUACGAAAGCUUCUCCAGGCCCACCAGACCAGUCUGGAUGUUGAAGUGCAACAGCGCGCGGUUGAAUACGACAAUCUACUUGCGUACGAAUCCAUACGCAAUGGCGUGCUAGAGAAGAUGCCACCGCCGCAAAUCAAAGAGUCGUCUAGGGUCCUCGGCGAGGCCACCAAGAAGCCGACCAAAGCCGGCGCUCGGAAACCAAAAAUGGCCGCCAAGCCAAAGGAGGAGGAUCUCCUGUUUGACCUGAUGGGAGACAGCAGCGCCCCGGUCACUUCACCAACGACUAGCGGUCAGAACAAUGCGGACCUUCUCGCUGAUAUCCUCGGGGGCACAACCUCUCCGCCCCCCGCCUCGGCAACAUCUUCCGGCCCACCAAAGUCAAACAUGGACUCCAUCAUGGACCUCUUUGGCUCGGCGCCGGCAUCAGGGUCGCCGGCACCAGCCCCGACCGCCACCGCCGCUUCAUCCGCCAGCAUGGACCUGUUUGGUUCGGCAGGGACACCGCCGCCUCAGCCGCAGCAGCAGCCGGCUCCUCCUGCCGCGCCCGCCGGUCAUCCUUGCUACGACUCGAACGGCUUAAAUGUCACGAUACAAACGCAGCGUAACGCAGAAGGGGCUAUUCAGGCAAUUGCCAGGUUCCGUAACACAGGAGGUGCACCUCUGUCCGAAGUCGGUUUGCAGGCUGCCGUUCCCAAGUCGCAAAAGCUACAGUUGCUCAACAUCUCAACGACGGAGAUUGCGCCCGGUGCCGAAGCCACUCAGAUGAUGAGGGUCAUGGGCUGCAAAGGGGCAUUGCGUUUGCGCUUGAGGAUAGGAUACAACUCUUCGUCGGCAGGUCAGGUCAUGGAUCAAGUCAACUGGGCGGAGCCGGCUUGA